AUGGAGGCUGAUCAAGUUCUCAAUAGAGUGUUGAACGAGAUAGUUAGCAGACUGUUGACCAUAACUGCUGGUUGGCGCCGUGCUGGGGCGUUGGUGUCUCGGGGAAGGAACUUUGAUUCCAGGCUCGCCGAGGCUAAGCAAGCACUCGAAGCUAGAAACAACGAGCUUGCAAAACAGAAUGGCGAGUUGCUCGAGGAGAACACGGAGCUGUCCAAGCAGAAAGCUGAGCUACUCGAGGAAAAAGCUACUCUGACCAAGGAGCUGCUGGAAACCCGGGAUGCCCUGAAGAAGGCCAACGAAUCUAGGGAAAAGUUUAGGGAAUACGCCAAGCUCAACUAUCAACAAGCUGUACAGCUCGAGCUUGAUCUGAUCCCCAGCAGGCAGGAGGCGGAGGAACUCAGAAAACGAGUGCAGGAGCUUGAGGAGGCUGGGGCCAAGGAUUUGGAGAAGUAUAAGGAAGCCACUCAUCUCUGCUUCCACGAAUUCUGGAAGCAUAACCGGGAGGCUAACUUCAGCUACCUGUCAGAACGCUUGAGGAGGACUCUGAUGACGCAGUGCGCCAUUCGUCUGGAAGAAGAAGAGAAGGCUGGAGUGCCUGCCUCCCCAGAGAUUUCCCUAGCAGCGGGGAUAGAUGGUGUAGACGCUGAAGCUGGCCCAUCCGUCGACCAAGGCACCUCUCAAGACCCUCUAGCUCCUUAA